UCUCUACCUGUUUUACUCCAGUCCUCUGUGAUGUCUGUCUGUUUUGCCCGCUUUCACCCAAACCUGGUUGUUGGUGGAACAUACUCUGGCCAAAUUGUCUUGUGGGAUAAUCGCAGCCACAGACGAACUCCUGUUCAAAGAACUCCCUUAUCUGCUGCUGCUCACACGCAUCCGGUGUAUUGUGUCAAUGUAGUUGGAACACAGAAUGCACACAAUCUCAUCACUGUCUCCACAGAUGGCAAAAUGUGCUCCUGGAGCCUUGACAUGCUCUCAACUCCACAGGAGAGCAUGGAGCUGGUGUACAACAAGUCCAAACCAGUGGCAGUUACAGGAAUGGCUUUCCCAACCGGAGAUGUCAAUAACUUUGUUGUUGGCAGUGAAGAGGGAACAGUCUACACAGCCUGUCGUCAUGGAAGUAAAGCCGGCAUUGGUGAAAUUUUUGAAGGCCACCAAGGACCUGUCACAGGAAUCAAUUGCCACAUGGCAGUGGGCUCAAUUGACUUUUCCCAUCUCUUUGUCACAUCAUCAUUUGACUGGACAGUGAAGCUGUGGACCACAAAGGUGAGAAAAUUGAGCUGGGAUGUGAUGGGUAAUGCUACUUGUGAAAAUGCCAUUGUCAGAAAUGUUUCAUUUGGAACUGAUUCACUGAAAGUCUGUGCUUAGAAAAAGUGUUUCAUU